AUGUUAGCAGUCUGGAAUAUAAGAGGAUUAAACAAUCCUCUUAAGCAAUCUGAGAUUGCUAGUUUGAUUAGAAGAAACAAGUUAAGUGUUGUAGGUAUUGUUGAAACUAGAGUUAGUCAUGCUCAGUUUGAUAAUGUGUGGAAGAAAUUCGGGAAUAAGUUGCCUAAUUGGGGUAUCUUGCAUAAUUACUGCUGCUCUGAUAUGGGAAGAGUUUGGAUCAUAUACAAUAAAGACAUGGUCAAUAUUCAGGCUAUUAAGAUGCAUAGCCAGUUUAUCCAUUGUCAGUUAGAUUGUGAUGGGAUUUCCUUCAUGUGUACCUUUGUGUAUGGGUCGUAUGUAGCUCAUGAUAGAAUUGAUUUGUGGAACCAAUUGAAUGGGAUCAGUCUGAAUAUAAAUCUUCCUUGGAUUAUUUUAGGAGAUUUCAAUGCAGUGAUAAGCAAUGCUAACAGGUUAGGAGGGAAUGAUAUAGAUGUGCAGGCUGCUAGUGAGUUCCAGGAUUGGACAAUAAAUUCCAAUGUUAAUGAGCUCCCCCAUUCUGGUAACCAUUAUACAUGGUGUAAUAACCAGUGUGGAGAUAAUAGGAUUUGGAGGAAGUUGGACUGGGUUUUUGUGAAUGAGAGCUGGAUGAAUAGCUGGGAGGAAUCUUUCUAUGUGGUUCAUAACCCUGGAAUCUCUGACCACUCCCCCCUGGUUGUUUCUCUCAACAAUGGAACGUACAUUAGGAGAUCCCCUUUCAGAUUCUUUAACUCCUGGUGUGAGCACCCUAACUUCAGUGCUAUCAUAGAUGAUGGUUGGAAAGCUAAUUUCAAUGGAUGCAUGAUGUAUAAAGUGUACCAGAAGUUGAAGAUUGUGAGGAGGAGUCUUAGAGCUAUGAACAAGGAAGUAUUUGCUGACAUUUCUAACAAAGUAAAUGAUACAAAGAAGUUACUUAAUUCUCUUCAAACAGAUAUUAUGACAGAUCCUUUCAACAGUCAUCUGCAGGAAGAGGAAAGGGCAGUCUGCUAUCAUUUACAAAAACUGAUCAGGUAG